AUGUCAUACUAUGAAGCUUUGCCUACGGGUUUAAAGCCAAUUCAUUAUGACUUGUUGAUUAGUGACAUUGAUUUAGACAACGAUACAUUCAAAGGAUCCACAAAUGUUCAUCUCAUUGCUAAGGAGGAGACUUCAGAAGUGUAUUUGAAUUAUAGAGAAUUGCUGAUCUCCGAAUCCGAAAUCCAUGUUGAGGUAGAUGGAAGUAGAGUGAGCGUUUCUGGAGUUGAGUUUAAUGAAAAGAAAGAAUACUUUGUUGUCAAACUUUCUCAAUCUAUACCCAAAGAUGCUGAAGUUGUCGUUACUGUCGUGUACCAUGGAGUGCUUCAAACUAAUAUGACUGGUCUCUACAGAUCAACAUAUGUUUUAAAUGGGGAGAAAAAGGUCAUGAUUUCUACUCAGUUUGAGGCUACGGAUGCCAGAAAAGCUUUCCCUUGUAUGGACGAACCAGCAUUGAAGGCUACAUUCACCGUUGAUUUGAUAAUAUUUGACGAGUGGAUGGCUUUGGGAAAUAUGCCAGUAGACAAAGAACUGACAACCGAAGGUUCAGGAUCCAGGCGAGUGAAGUUUCAGAAGACUCCUAUAAUGUCAACCUAUUUGCUUGCUUGGGCGUGUGGUGAGUUUGAGUAUAUUGAAUCUUUCACUUCCGAUCUCUAUCACGACGACAAACCCUUACCAGUUCGGAUUUAUACCACUAAAGGCUAUAAGAAAGAGGCUGAGUAUGCUUCCAUCAUUACUCCAAAGAUUGUUGACUACUUUUCCCGCAUUUUUGAGGUCAAAUAUCCACUUCCAAAACUUGAUUUGAUUGCCGUUCAUUCGUAUUCACACAAUGCCAUGGAAAACUGGGGAUUAAUCACCUACAGAUCAACAGCCUUAUUAUACUCUGAGGAAAAGUCAGACCCAUCUUACAAGAAGAAGGUCACUUAUGUCGUUGCGCACGAAUUAGCCCACCAGUGGUUUGGUAACCUUGUCACAAUGCAAUGGUGGGAUGAAUUAUGGCUCAACGAGGGCUUCGCAACAUGGGUUGGUUACAAUGCGGUUGAUUACUUGUUCCCAGAAUGGAGCAUUUUUAACGACUUUGUUUCUGAAUCCUUGCAGCAAGCUCUUGACCUUGAUGGUUUGAGAAAUUCACAUCCAAUCCAGGUGCCUGUCGUCGAUGCCUUAGACAUUGAUGCCUUAUUCGAUAAAAUCUCAUACCAGAAGGGUGCGUCUACAAUCCUUAUGAUAUCCAACUUCUUGGGUGAAAGCACGUUUUUGAAAGGAGUUGCAGCCUAUUUGAACAAUAACAAGUUCAGUAAUGCCACAUCUGAUGAUCUCUGGAAUGCAAUCGAGAAAGUCUCUGGGAAACCAGUGAAGAAGAUGAUGGAUAACUGGAUCAAGAAAAUUGGUUUUCCAGUUAUCAAUGUUGACGUUGACACGAAUACUGGUUCGUUGAUUCUUAAACAGUCUAGGUUUUUGAAUGGUGGAGAUGUGAAGGCUGAAGAAGAUCAAACUACCUGGUGGAUACCUCUUAAUAUUGUGGGUUCUGUGGAUUCAGGUGCUUCAGACUUCUCCGGAAGAAAUUUCACGAUCAAUAAAUUCAGCCCUGGCCACGGAGCUUUCAAGCUCAACAGAAACACUACUGGUGUUUACCGUGUCAACUACUCUCCCUCUGUUUUGGAAACCAACAUCUUACCGCAUUUUGACAAGUUUUCAGCAACGGACAAGGUGGGUAUUAUCGCUGAUACCGUAUCCAUCGCUAUUUCUGGCGACAAGUAUACGACCACUGUUACGUUUCUUCAACUCAUAAAGUCUGUUGUGGAAGCCGACCAAUUUGGGGAAGAUUUUGUUGUGUGGCUGGAACUUGGUGUUAGAUUGCAAAGCUUGAGUAUUGUCUUUCCUUCAUUAAGUUAUUCGUGGGCGGCUUUUGCAAGAAGCAUUUACACUAAGUUGGCGCUUAAACUCUUGAACUCUCUGAUUGAUGCUUCCGAGUUUUUGAAACUGAAACUCAAAACGUUGAUUUUAACCGCCUCGGGUGUUUCUGGUGUCAAGGAGGUUGAAGACUAUGCGUUCGAAUUAUUUGAACAGUGGAAAGCUGGCAAACAAUUGGAUCCUUCUCUUAGAUCAUUUGUGUGGUCUACGGUAUGUGCUUCAUCGAAAGUCAACGAGGAGAUUUUCGAAACCAUAAUGAAAGAAGUCAGGAGCCCUUCAUCCUUGGACUCCAGAGAGAUAGCUCUUGGGUCGCUUGGUAAUUUGAGUAGUGUCGAGCUUGCCAACCGGGUGAUGAAUUUUGUCUUAGAUCCGGAAACCAUCCCCACAAUGGAUGCUCAAUUUUUGUGCCAAUCUCUUUCGGUCAAUCCCAAGACGAAGGACAUAUUCUUGACCUUUUUCAAGAACAACUACGAUGCUCUUUACGGCCUUUUGUCAACAAACAUGGUCUUUUUGAAUGGAUUUGUCAAAACCACCUUGAGCAAUUACCUGACGACCGAACAAUUGUCGGAAAUCGAGCUGAUCUUCAUUGGAAGGUCUGUUCAUGGAUUUGACAGAUCAUUAGAGCAGGUGCGUGAUAAUGUCAAGAUCAAUAUUACGUGGGUAGAACGGGACGAACAGCCAGUGGCCAACUGGCUUACGAGCAAUGGCUAUUAG